AUGGCAGAAAAGAAAGAUUACAAAGUCGUUGGGACUCGUCCCAUUCGCCACGAUGGCCUUGAUAAGGUUACUGGCCGCGCCCUUUACGGCGCAGAUUUUCAAGCUGUAGGACUGUUACACGGCAAAGUCCUGCGUAGCCCCUACGCGCAUGCGCGGAUUAAGUCGAUUGAUACGAGUCGCGCAGAAGCUCAUCCCGGCGUGAGGGCAGUUGUCACAGCAAAAGAUUUUCCUGCUGUCGAAAAUAAGAUCGCCGAUCUUGGAGAGGGCGCAACCAACGUAAAAGACCUCCAAGAUAACGUACUGGCUGGCGAGAAGGCUCUCUACAAAGGGCAUCAGGUCGCAGCGGUUGCAGCGAUUGACCCCCAUACAGCUGAAGAGGCACUUGAACUCAUUGAUGUUGAGUAUGAGGUGCUGCCUCCGGUGGUGAAGGUGCUCGAUGCAAUGAAGGAAGAUGCACCGCUUCUGCACGAGGACAUGAGAACCGAUGAGAUGGGGGAAAAGGCGGAUAAGCCGAGCAACAUUGCGGCUCAUUUCCAGCACAAACAGGGCGACCUCGACAGAGGUUUUGCCGAAGCCGAUGUUGUCGUUGAGCACGACUAUACAACAGAGACCGUGCAUCAAGGCUAUAUCGAGCCUCACAAUGCGACUGCGCUGUACAACCCCGAUGGACAGUUGACAAUCUGGUGCAGUACGCAGGGUGCAUUCGCUGUCCGAGGGCAGGUAUCUGAGAUUCUCGAUAUACCUGUUUCAAAGGUUAAGGUUGUGCCGAUGGAAAUUGGCGGUGGUUUUGGUGGAAAGAUUCAGAAGGUAUUUCAUACCAUGGCAACAAUUGCAAUUCCUUCACUCAUGCAGAAACUAACCGACGGUGCAGACCAAGUCGUUGUGGAAGGGAAAACGCUGCGAGAAGUGGUCAAUAAUCUCGAAGCGGUUCACCCCGGUUUCAAAGAUCGCCUCUGUGAUGGUGACCGGAUUCGUCCCAGUAUUGCGGUGUACAUUGAUGGCGUUAUGACUCGUGAAGGGAUGCAUCAACCCGUAGGCGAGGCGGCGAACAUCCAUUUUGUGCCAGCGGUUAGUGGCGGUUUAUCCUGCCCUGAAAAAGAUUUGUAUUAA